AACCCUCCGCCAUGCCCGCCGAUUCCUCGGGCCUCUCGAUACUUGGGCUCAAACCCCCGUCACCACCAGUACCGUCGUCAGCACCAGACGGCAGCAAUGCCUCGCAACCCUCGCCUCCGCCGAGCACCAGCAUCUUCGGGAGUCUCGGAGACAACCCUCUCUUUGCCGGGGGACUAGCACUAGGCGCGAUGACUGCGGCGUUCCAGCUAGUGCGGCGCACCAGCACGCGCGCGCUGCAUCUCGCGCGCCGCCAGCUGCUCGUCACCGUCGAGAUCCCGUCCACCGAUCCGUCGUACGAGUGGUUCUUGCAUUUUCUGGCAGAGAGCCAGCGGGCUUCGGCAUCUGCAGGAUCCUACGGGACGGGAGUGAUUCCCGGCUACUCGCUCUCGGCGCUACUGUCGCGGUUCCGGCCGGCGCCGCGGGAGCUGGCGGUCGAGACGCGGACUACGAAGCUGGGCUCGGGAGCGGCUGCUGCCGAUUUUGUUCUGGUACCUGGGCAGGGAAAGCAUAUCAUCAAUUACAACUCGACGCUGCUGCAGGUGGCGCGGACGCGGGAUCCGCGGCGGUCCAAUCCCAGCGGACUGCCGUUCGAGACGGUCGAGAUCACGACGCUCAAUUCGCGGCGCGGGGUGCUUUACGAGCUGCUGCGGGAGUCGCAGCAGCUUGCGCUGCACCGCGCGGAGGGGAAGACGACGGUGUACACGUCGCGCGGGAUCAGCUGGGAGCGGUUUGGCAACCCGCAGAGGAAGCGCCCGCUGGAGAGCGUCAUCCUCGCGCCGGGGGUGAAGGAGGGCGUGGUCAAGGACCUGGAGGACUUCCUGUCGUCGCCGGCGUGGUACCAAGACCGCGGGAUACCGUACCGGCGCGGAUACCUCCUCUACGGCCCGCCGGGCACGGGGAAGACCUCGUUCGUCAAGGCAGUUGCCGGUCACCUCGACUACAACAUCUGCCUGAUUAACCUGUCGGAGCGCGGCCUGACCGACGAUAGGCUCAACUACCUCCUGUGCAACCUCCCCGAGCGCUCCGUCGCGCUGCUGGAGGACGUCGACGCCGCCUUCGCGAACAGAAAGCAGGUGGGCGAGGACGGGUACAGCGGCGCGAACGUGACGUUCUCGGGCCUGCUCAAUGCCCUCGAUGGCGCCGCCUCCGGCGAGGACAGGAUUAUCUUCUUGACUACUAACCACCAGGAGCGACUGGACGAGGCCCUCCUCCGCCCCGGACGUGUCGACCUCAAGGUCGAGAUCGGUUGGGCUACCCCGGAGGUCGUCGAUGGCAUGUGGCAGCGCUUCUAUGGCGCUGGUGCGUUCCCGCAGGCAGAGAAACUGCGGGUCCGCUUCCUCCAGAUCCUGACGGAUGGACAACUGUUCGAGCCUGGCCGUCACGGUGUUAGCACCGCGGAACUGCAGGGGCUGUUUUUGUUCUUUAAGAAUGAUCCUGAGGGCGUAGUGGGCGCCGCGGAGAAUAUGGUGCUGGCUAGAAAGGCGUAAAUGGAGCUGUAUGAUGGCAUGUCUGUAUUCCCAAAGCUGGUGCUGGGAUGUAAAUACACUGUAAAGUAAGAGGUUAGAAGGGAAGCAUCUGGAGUACAAAAUCGGGGAGCGAUAGUUAGUCCAUGGGAAGUCGAUCCACCGUUUG